GUCUUGUGGCACAAAUUAAACUAAUGCAAAGACUAAAACUCGUCCAUUCUAUCCAAAAUAAGUCAUAAUUGGAAGUACGGCUUCGACUGAUGCUGUAAUAAAUCUCCCGGCCAACGUGUUUUCCGCGCUGUCUUAACAUCCAACAUCCAACCAUGCGAAAUCCUCUUUCUUUUGCAAUGCCCUCUCAAAUGCCAAUAAUGCUCUCUAAAUCAUCCAUAUCCUCACACCACAUCCUCCUCCAAGCAGCGGCGCUCUUCGCCCUAGCUGACCUCCCCACCGUCGCCAUUCGUACCUCAGUGACGGGCACAGCGUCCGUCCUCGAUGUGUUCCUCCUCGCCCCCGGGAUGCACCGCCAACAGGCCGUCGACGACAUCAACCAUGGCGAGUUCCCCACGACGGGUGCCAUGACCACCGGGUACGUCUUCCGCGUCGAGAACCCCGCCACCGUCAGCUACCUCCAGAACAUCGGCCGUACGGGCCACCUCGUCACCGCCCGCGUCUCCCCAAACCCAUCCCGCAACGAAAGCCUGUCCCGCAUCAACCGCCGCCUCCAGUCCUUCUUCGCCGCGGGCGUCCCAGCGACGCUCUUCUACGUCCUUGGGCCGCUCCUCACGUUGGUGGUCGUAGCGCUUAUGGGUGCAAUUCAGGAUUGGUGGGGCCUCGGAGUCUUGGGGAUGUUCAUGCUGUCGAGGGCAAUCAAUGUCGGGAUCGUCAAGCGGCGGACGUUAAAGGGGUGGAAGGGCAUAGCGGAGCCAGGCGUGAAUGGUGACCUGCUCAUCCUCCUGAGCCAGGACCGGUGGAUACGUCUGCAGGGGCUCGUAGAUGAUCUCAAGACAGUGACGGCAGGCCAGUGGUUGCGGGACAAGACCAUGAUAGAGGGCUUCGCCACCUCCUUCGCCACGCUGCUGGUCUACGCCGCCGUCAUCCUUGCGUUCAACGCGUCGACCGUGGGGAGCCUCAUGAUCGCUUCGCUCCUCUUGUGCUCUUCCGCACUUUUGGACAUCAGCAAUUCUUUGACGCCGUGUUUGCAAAUGUUCGAUUGUAUCGUGCGGGUCGAGGGAGAGCCGAUAAGAUAUGAGCGGAGACUGUACAUGGCAAACGAGAUGAUUGAGAAGAGCGGGAGGAAUGACUGGGCUAUUGGCAUGGGACUCGUCGUUGCUAAAGAUCCCCGCGUCCCUGUUACUGUUUGAAAGUAUGAGUUUGCUGUUUUCGACUAGGUUCCAGCAGGGUUUUGAAGAGGCUGAAUGUACAGUGUUCUAGAAAAUUUCUGUCUACCCUUGUAGUAAUAUAUGUCUGACUACUUCAUA